AGGUUCAAGGGGGAGGCGGGUGGGGGGCUCGGAGGGGGUCCCCACUGCCACCAAUGUUUUCCCCACGGCCACCAAUGUUUUUCCCACUGCCACCAAUGUUUUCCCCACGGCCACCAAUGCCCCCCCCCAUGCCACCUACGAGUCCCCCACGGCCACCAAUGCACUACACCCCGCCAGCAAUAAGGCACCAGCCACCACCAGGGGGACGGGGGGGGCAACGGGGGGCACAGCCAAUAGGGCCCCACAGACACCUUUAGGCCCAGGUUUCAGGGGCAGAACCAGCACCAACGACCCCUGUUCUCUCCAGGAUGGCGGAGCAAGCAUAGAAGAGCUCCCAGGGGAAGAGGAUGGGGGGGGGGGAAGCCGCCCCCAACCCUGAGGAGGAGGGACGCAGAGGAUCAGAACACGGCCAAGCAUGGGGUCCUGAACAUUCCCAAGCCCCAGCGACCAGGGGAGGGGGGAGUUUCAGAUUUAGGGGAAACAACAGACCUGUUUUUGAGCAACGGAACCCCCAGAGGGGAUGGGGUCACAGGGGCUGCCAACAGUGGAACGGAAACGGUUUUAAUGCCAUGUGGGAGGGGGAGGGUUGUAAUGCUGACUAUGGAGGUUAUGACAAUAAUUAUGAAUUUUUUCCUGCACAUAGGCAAUGGUAUAACCAGAGGAUGCCUGGAUGGGCAAUGGGACAAGAGUUUCCAUAUUGGGAGAGUUAUCGGGUGCCGAGUCUCCAGUUUAGAGACAGGGAGGAAGAGGAGAGCUGGUUGCAGUGGAGGAGAGAAAGAACACAAAGACAAGAGGAGGAGGCAGGCCCAUCAACAAGGAGGGAAAAAGAAGCCUAUCCAACAAAUACAAGGAUGCAGAAAGAGGAUACAAGCACACAGAGACCAGUCGUGGCAACCGCUGCAAGGGAGGCACCUAUGGCAAGGUGUGGAUCUGCUGUCAACAUAUUGGUCAUAGGGCACUCAUUUAUUUUUUGGGCCGAAAAGCAUGCAGCAGGGCAACAGCUGGGGUUACCAAAGGAACACAUGAAGUUGGCAUGGCAGGGUUGGAGAGGUAUGAGAUGGGAGCAGCUAAAAGGUAGGUUCUAUAACGCGCUCCAUCGAUUUAAUUUCGUGCAUUUAGUUAUAAUUCAUACAGGGGGAAACGAUCUCACGUCAAAAAAGACUCCAGCACUCAUAGAAAACAUGAGGGCCGACUUGUCGGAGAUGCUGGAAAACAGGAAGGUCGGGGGGUUAGCUUGGUCAGACAUUAUACAGAGGAGCAAUUGGAGGGGGGCAAUUUCACCCAAAGGAGUGGAGAAAGCUAGAAAGAAAGUGAACCGGGCCAUGCAUAAAUUCAUGUGUUCCUUUGGAAAAGGUAUCAUAAGGCACGACAACAUAAGAAGUAAACAACACCAGUUCUUUAGGGAAGAUGGAGUUCAUCUGUCAAGUGAAGGUUUGGAUCUGUUUUUAGGGAACAUCGGGUCAUUUAUUCAGGAGUGGUGGAAGUCACAGGAGGUAUAGGUGGGCCAUGGAAAAGGACAAGGUGGUACCCCUCCCCCCUUUUCCAUUGGGUGGCGGCAGUGCGGCUCCAGGAGAAAAGACGGUUACAGUGCAGGCCUACCCUUUGGAGAGUCACUAGUGUGGAACAGACUUUGACUGCACGGUCUUGUCUGAGUCAUGCAAGGGGCUGGGGUUAGCGCCAGUUAUGCACACGGUUGGGAGCAGGAGGAUGGGCGACUGAUUGGUCACAGAGGGCGCUUGGCCCCAUGAUCCCUGCUCCCUAUGGUUGUCUAUUACGGUGUGGGCACAAUGCCCAGGUUGGUGAUAGGAGCCGCAGCUGGGGGUCAGGGGGUACCUAGUCCUUUUUUAGCAAAAAAGUAAUAAAUAAAGAAAGUGACUUCCACACAUAUUUUGCACCAAA